AUGGGGAAUGUCAUGAGUAUGGGCGGGGCUCCAUCGGCCGACGCCAGCACCGUGGACGCCUACGUAUCACGUCUAUCGGACGCCGAGAUUAAGCGCUACACUGAUGGAUACCGGCGUAUCUGUCGCGUGGAAGGCAGCGCGUCUGCGUCUAGUGCCAACGCUCCAGCCUUCCUGCAACGUGCGAGUUCCUCGGCUUCCAACGGGAGCAGCAGCAACUUAACAGGAGCGACGGUCGCUGCAACAACAGAAGCAACGAACGGCCCUUUAUUAAGCAAGAAACUGUUCCGCAACAAGGUCCUCGGAGCCUUCACCAUGAUCCCGCACUCCUUAGCCGACCGCUUGUUCGAGGUGCUAGACACAGAGCACUCAGGCGAGUUGAGCCUCGUGAACGUGCUGAGCGGCCUGGCCUGGCUAAAGCACGGCACAUACGAAGAGCAAGUACAGCUGCUAUUCAUAAUCUACGACCUAGAUGCAGCUGGAGAGAUAUCUCGAGAGGUACUAGACAGGUUCAUGGACGUCAUCUACGGCCGUCGAAGGGCCCGACACGCCACCACAGUGCAAUUUCUGGACAGAGUCUUCGAUGGUCGAGCUGUGUUGAACCCGGAAGAAUUCAGACGCACCGUACAGCAGAAAGAUGCCCGUGGAGACGCGCUACUGGUCAAGUGGCUGGCUGUACUGGCGGCCAAGAUCGGCACGGAGGAUGAUCCGCAGAUUUUAGCACUAGAGAAGACUUAUAACCCGGUGGCUAUCCGCCGACGCAUAGCACAGGCCACACUGUUCUCGUUAACGGAGGUUACAGCACUGGAAAGGCAGUUCCAGAAGAUGUUUGACCCCAAAGGAGGAGCCAGCACCAGGAUACCGAGCACACAGUUCGUUGAGGUGUUGAGCGCCAAAGGAUUGUUCCCAGAAAUGCUGUUAGACAGGUUUUGUGAGUGUACGGCGAUGCCCGAGUUGGUGUUAUUUGAAGAGUUCUGCCAGUUCUUGUCGGAUUUCUGUCGAGGAAGUUCGAGGGACGAAAAAGUGCAUUGUCUAUUCAAGAUUUACAGUGAUCGCAGCACUGUGAGAGUGGACUAUGCAGCGAUGAAGGAGCUGAUUCAUGUCGGGGUUCAUUGCGAUACGAACGCGAACGAAGAUGCUGUUCAAGACGAAGAACGACAAGUUGAGGAGAUUUCGGCAACACAAACUGCGGAGACCGGAUGGGAUGAAGAAGCUUUUGCUCGAUGGGCGGCCAACGCGGCGGCUGUGCAGCGGUUGCUCGAUCAAUUGGCGUUUGCAGCGUGUAUCGUGUUUGGCCUGAAGCCUGAAUCGGCGCACCUUGAGAAAAGGAUUGUGGAGUGGCACUGGCGGGAUGCUACUCGUGUCAUUGGUAUUGGACAAACUUGGAAUCUGGUGGGAGCUGAAUGGUGGCGAAAAUGGUGCGACUAUGUCAACAUGGACCCGAAGAACGGAAGCCCCUACGGAUCGCUGCCUGUACCUCUGAUACCUCCGAAUACUGUUGUGGAGGUAGCGAGAAAUAUUCGUGGUAAUAUUGCCUUACGCUCCGCUAGCUUCAACGCCGAUGGGAGUACCAACAGACCGCCUCGACCAGGGCCAAUUGCCAACUGGAGUCUUCUCAUGCAAAGCGGAUCCAGGAGGCUAAAGCAGAAGCUUGUGCUGGCCCGAGAUUUUUACAUGAUUCCGUCUCAAGUGUAUACGGUUCUAUUCUCUUGGUACAGCGGAGGGCCCGAUUUGAUUCGAUCUAUCGUCGAGGUCCCUACGCUCACAGAACCCGAGCUUCAAAUCGAGCUGUUCCCGUUAGUAUUACGCGUUGCCCGUGUGGAUCCUUCGAAUGGCAGCGUGAUUCGGUCAGGCGAAGAGAUUUUGCUGAGUGAACUAAGCACACCAGUCAGUCUUCUUGAGGCUACGUGUCGCGCACUGCUGUUGCUGAAGCUGAUGGAUAAGGCGCGAUUGUGGUACUUCAACGAGAAAGCGCCCGAUCACAAGAUACGCCUGCGAGACGAAUAUUCGAACGAACUGAAGAAAUUGACCCAAGACAGUGUGUUCCUGUUAGAAGUACAAGACGACGAUGGAUCGUGGCCGCUCUCUCAGACUGACGACACAAUCACAUCGUCACCUUCGAAUAGCGGAUCCCGUCAGUCAACCCAAGGAAAUGGCCGAAUGACUGAAAAUAAUGCCAUCCCUGCAUCACGAAAACGACAGCGCGAGCAUCGUCCUUCAUUGCGCACAUCUGAUAUUUGUUCCCGAGGCAAUCUUGGCGAGGCAUUGGGGCAACGUGCGUCCGGGAGUGAGGCUGGAUCACCGACCAUAGAAGUGGAUCCCGUGCUUGCGUCGCCCGUCGUGAGAAAGCGUUUUUCUAAGGACGCGUUUAAAGGUCCAGGCUUGGUGGGUCUCGACAAUCUGGGCAAUACAUGCUACAUGAGCAGUGCAUUGCAGUGUUUGAGCCACACACGGUUGCUGGUGGAGUACUUCAAGAACGAGGCGUACCUCAAAGACAUUAAUCUGCGAAACCGUGACGGCACGAAUGGGAAGUUGACUGCAGCAUUUGGCGAAUUGCUGCGAGUUCUCUGGACUUCUGACCGCAAGCGUUUCGCUCCGAACGAGUUCAAAAAGGUACUGGCGAAAUGCAGCCCGCAGUUUGCUGGAUCGGACCAACACGACGCACAGGAGUUACUGGCUUGUUUGCUAAGUAGUCUUAGUGAGGAUCUGAAUCGCGUCGUGAAGAAGCCUUACACUGAGCAACCUGACAGCGAUGGACGACCUGACGCUCUGGUAGCAGAGGAGUGGUGGCAGAACCACCAGAAACGAGAGUUCUCGGUUAUUGUGGCGCUGUUUACGGGUCAGUAUAAGAGCUUGUUGGAGUGCUCGGUCUGCCGGUAUGAGUCUGCGCGAUUCGAGCCAUUCACCUUCUUACAGUUGUCGCUGCCCGAGAGUAACACACGGUCUAUCGUGCUGACGAUCAUCUUUCGCACUGACCGAGUACCGUUGCGCUUUUCAGUGCGAGUGAAGAAUGGCGAUACGGUUCAGAAGAUGAAGGAACAGGUGGCGGCGUUCUUGAAUAGAAUGGAGAAAGAAAAUUCGAGCGCAGUCACGGCGGACGAUGAAGCGAGCAAAGAUGAAGGUGACUGGACCAAAGUGGUGAUUGCAAGGACCUCGAAUUUGCACACUGUGGAGUCGCUCUUGGACGACAAUCUACCGCUGACUCAGAUCCACGAGAAGGAUCAACUGACAGCCUUUCAACUUGACCGGGAGGAAGACUUGCUUCCUCCGCGACAGGUUUCUCCGAAACCAACAGAACUUGAAAGUGCUUCGAAUACAACGAUAUCCUUGGAUACCUAUCAGGAAACACGCUCCAAUGGUAAAAGUGUUCCAGCAUCGCCGAAGGAUGCUCCUAAAAAGGGGGAUAUGGAGCUGGUGAACGGGUCUCCCGUUAAUGGUACAGCUUUGGUCGACACCAACGGAGUUGAUAAGGAUAGCGAUCCACCGACCCCGACUGGUAGUGUGAACACUAAUAACGAAAGCGACCCGGAUGAUGAAGACGAACUGCUGCCAAUUGGCACGUCUGUCUACGUUCGUAUUGACAAAACGAAGGAUACAGUGGCCGCUCGUGUGAUUGGGAGUAGCGCCAACUUGGGAAUAGUUAACGUGGCGUAUCCUUCAGGAGUUCGACGGUAUCAUAUCCCAUUAUCGAAAGUGAUCGAGCGUCGCCAGAACGACGCAUUCAUCUUCCUAGUACACCGCCGAGUGGAGCGAUCUACGGACAGCUUUACGAACGCACACAUCACACGACUAUUUGGCGCCCCGUUAGUCAUCCGGGUAUCACUACGCGUUACGACGGCAUAUAACCUCUAUCUGCUGAUUUGGAACCGAUUACGACGCAUAUUCAACUGGCAGCAGCCUCCCUCUCCAUUAGAGCUUGACACGAACCAGGGGCGCAAGCGCGUUCGGACAGAUACCUCGUCGCUAGCGCUUGGAGAACACCUCACCUUGACCAAGUUCGGCUUCUGCUUGCGUCUUGUUACGUCUCAUGGGAUCGGAUGCUCUCGCUGUGAGUGGCUCGAUGGAUGUCUUGGGUGUCUGCUGCUGCCGUCUUCAGAGACAGUAAUACCUCUCGCAGCGGAGGAAACCGUGGCAAUUGAUUGGGAUAUCCGUACGCUAAAGGAGGAGUACGACCCGAUCCAAGCGAGCAAGAUGGACUUUGAUGCUUCUGUCCAGCAGCAUCAGCGCCAGGACAAUCAACCCCUUAACUUGGCGCAUUGCAUGGAGAUUUUUACAGCGAAAGAAACGAUCCCAGAAGCGUAUUGUGGACACUGCAAGACGUUGCGUCCCGCUACAAAGAAGAUGGAUUUGUGGCGUCUACCUCCCUUGCUCGUGAUUCACCUCAAACGCUUCUGCUUCACUCAAGUCUCACGACGUAAACUGCACCAUCUUGUCGACUUUCCACUAAGAGGGCUACAGUUUGGCGACUUUGUUGCUCGAAAGCGUGAGCCACGUGGUCGAUUAUCUGGUCUAGAGUAUUGGUUGUUCUUGGGUGGGAAGUUAAGGGCUGAUGGACAGUCGGAACCGUCCCCUACUAGCAGCUCCGAGCAGGCAAGACCAGGAUCUCCACGACGAGUGUCGUCAUCGGCCUUGGAUGCUCCAGCCGCGGCUACUGCGGCAGUACGUGGCGACGAUGGCUUUCUAUACGAUCUGUAUGCUGUGGUGAAUCAUGUUGGCGCAUUGGGAGGAGGUCACUACUUUGCGUAUGUGCUGAGCGAUCAUGAUGGCAAGUGGAAAUGUUUCAACGACCAUCAGUGCAAAGAUAUCGACGAGAAGGAGGUAGUAUCCUCGAUGGCGUAUAUUUUAUUCUAUCGCCGACGAGACACUGCCAACGUGUCUAUUGAGCAGCUUUUCCCACCUUUGCCAGUGGAUGCAACAGGUAACGGCGCUAGCUCUGAGGAGGAAGCUGCAAGUGACAAGGCGCAGGUGGAGGAGCUCCUGCAACAAUCCAAGUUGGCUGCUUCGAACGGAAGCGGCUGCAUCAUUAGUUGA